CACAAAGUUUGAAGGGUAUUCGUUCGUGCAACUGCAUAAUGAAGUUCCUAAUUGUAUUCCUCGCCAUCUUUGCAUUGGCCCAUGCUCGUCCCGAUGUGGAGAUUAUAAAAUCAGAAUCGGAUGUGCAACCUGACCAUUAUACUUUUGAUUUGGAGACCAGCGAUGGCACCAGCCGUCACGAAGAAGGUGUUAUCAAGGAUGCUGAUACCGAUCAUCCAGCCAUUGUGGUGCACGGUAGCUUCUCGUGGAAGGAUGAACACGAUGGCAAACAAUAUUCGGUUAGCUUUGUAGCGGACGAAAAUGGUUACCAACCCACCGGUGAGCAUCUGCCGAAGCUGCCUGCAAUCGAGCAUUAGACUCCCGCCUUACUAAGUAAAGUUGUUCUCGUAUUUCGUUUCCACACUAAUACUAAUUUAAAUAAAUCAUCAAUUGACAGCAUCGCAAAGUGCAAUAAAUGCA